AUGUCUCUUUUCCCACGCUUCACUCAAGAAUUCUCCCCGGUUUUCCGUCUGCUUGACGACUACGACCGAGCCUCUCGUCAUGCAUUCCGACACCUUGACCACAGCCUCCGAUCCUUCUCCCCCAAAUUCGAUGUCAAGGAGCUGAAGGAUUUCUACGAGCUGCACGGCGAGUUCCCUGGUAUCGAGCAGAAGGACAUCAACAUCGAGUGGACGGAUGGCAACACUCUAACUGUUUCCGGCCGCACUGAGACUAUUCACGAAGAAGGUCAGCGUCCACAGGGAUUCAUUGAAGAAGGCGAAUCAAGCCACGAACACGGGCAUUACCACCAACCUACCGUGGAGGACGAGGGCGCCGCCGCCGAGUCGGCCGUAGCCAAGAAGCUGGAGCAGGAGGUCGCUAAGAAGCCUGAGAGCGAUGAGCCGAAGUAUUGGGUGAGUGAGCGCUCGGUUGGCGAGUUCCAUCGGUCUUUUAGCUUUCCGGCGAGAGUCGAUCAGGAGGCGGUUAAGGCUAGCUUGAAGAAUGGGAUUCUGAGUAUUGUGGUUCCGAAGGCGAAGGCACCGCAGCCAAGGAAGGUUAAUAUCGAGUAA